GACCCCAGCAGACAAUCCCAACAGCUAGGAAGGCUCCUCUGCAAUUUCCCCACGUCAUAACAAAACCUUGAAGAGCAAAACACCAAACCCCGCAACCUCUACUCACUUUCCUCGCCAAAAUUAUUUUCCCUUUCCCCGCCCCUCCUCCCCGUAAUUCCCACGCCCUUUAUGGCUCUUCCCAAAAGUACUGAACCGCCACUUCCACUUUCACCAACUCAUUGCUAUACUCUAAUACCAUGUGAUCAGCAUGAAGAAGGAGGCGUUGUGCUACCUUUUUACCGCCACCCCACCACUCAGGACUGCCGUCGAUGGCCAUUGAUAAUCGCUAUAAUAUUCCUCCUCCUCCUUUCAACGCUUGUCUAUGUAUUUUGGCCCUCCGAUCCCACGGUCAAGGUUGUGAGGCUGCGCCUAAACAAGAUACACAUCCACACCUUGCCUAUAAUUAACAUUGACAUAUCCUUGUAUGUUACUUUGAAAGUACGCAACGUCGAUGUGUAUUCCAUGUAUUUUAGAAGUCUUGAUGUUGCUGUAAAGUACAGAGGGAAGAGGCUGGGUCACGUGAGAUCUGAUCACGGUUACGUGAGGGCACUAGGAUCAUCCUACGUGGAUGCUGAAGUAGAUUUUAGUGGGAUCAGUGUUUUGUCUGACGUGGUCUCCUUGCUCGACGACUUGGCCAGGGGUACGGUGCCGUUUGAUACAGUCACCGAGGUUUCUGGCAGGCUUGGGUUGUUGUUCUUUGGGUUCCCUUUGAAGGCAAAAUUGUUCUGUGCGGUUCUGGUAAAUACAAAUAACCAGACAAUUGUCCGUCAGACUUGUUAUCCUGAGUCAGAGAUGAAUUUGAAGCCUGAGGCAGGUGGUGCAGCAUAAGCUCAAAGAUCCAGUCAGUGCUCCCCCAUGUAUAGACAGAAAAACCUGGGCUAAUGAAAUUGGAAGCAUGCAUAUGCACUGUUUCUCCUAUCUGUAUGUAUCUUUCUUGAGAAUGAAUUCUGUGCAUGUAUAUAUGUCCAUGGCAUUUGUUGUAUUAUUAUUACUACAUAUCAACUUGAUCAUCAAUUUUGUGCUCAA